UUAGGGUUCUUGUAGCCAUGGCAGUAGUCGCGAGCGAUCUUCCGCCCGCGCUCAAAUCGAUCUUCGAGGAGGCAGCGCAGGCGGACGUGACGGAUGGCGAUGAUCUCUACACCUGGUACAAAUCCCUCCACCGCCGCCUCGAAUUCGUGGACAUCCAGGAGGAGUACAUCAAGGACGAGCUCAAGAAUCUCAAGCGGGAGCUCCUGCGCGCGCAGGAGGAGGUGAAGCGCAUCCAGUCGGUGCCGCUCGUCAUUGGUCAGUUCAUCGAGAUGGUAGAUCAGAACAACGGUAUCGUGGGAUCGACCACGGGCUCCAAUUACUACGUGAGGAUCCUCAGCACUGUCAAUCGCGAGCUCCUCAAGCCCUCGUCUUCGGUUGCCUUGCACCGCCAUUCCAAUGCGCUCGUCGACGUCCUUCCUCCAGAGGCGGAUUCCAGCAUUUCUCUCUUGACACAGUCGGAAAAGCCAGACGUCGCCUAUAACGAUAUUGGAGGCUGUGACAUCCAGAAGCAAGAAAUCCGCGAGGCCGUGGAGCUUCCUCUGACGCACCACGAGCUAUACAAGCAGAUUGGUAUCGAUCCACCUAGAGGUGUUUUACUUUAUGGCCCUCCAGGCACUGGGAAAACCAUGCUUGCAAAGGCCGUCGCGCACCACACCACUGCCGCUUUCAUCCGCGUUGUGGGCUCGGAGUUCGUCCAGAAGUAUCUUGGAGAGGGACCUCGAAUGGUGCGUGAUGUUUUCAGGCUGGCGAAAGAGAACGCACCGGCAAUCAUCUUUAUCGAUGAGAUUGAUGCCAUUGCCACGGCUCGGUUUGAUGCUCAAACUGGCGCUGACCGUGAAGUCCAGCGUAUUCUGAUGGAGCUGCUCAACCAGAUGGAUGGUUUCGAUCAAACCGUGAAUGUGAAGGUUAUCAUGGCUACAAACCGUGCGGACACUUUGGAUCCCGCGCUCUUGCGUCCGGGAAGACUUGACAGGAAGAUUGAGUUCCCUCUGCCCGACAGGCGGCAAAAGCGGCUCGUUUUCCAGGUUUGCACGGCAAAGAUGAAUCUGAGCGAUGAAGUGGAUCUCGAGGACUAUGUUUCUCGGCCUGAUAAAAUAAGCGCCGCCGAGAUUGCUGCGAUAUGUCAAGAGGCAGGCAUGCAUGCGGUGAGGAAGAAUCGCUACGUUAUUCUUCCCAAGGACUUUGAGAAGGGCUACAGGACCAACGUGAAAAAGUCGGACACCGAUUUCGAGUUUUAUAAGUAGCUUCCUGAACUAUUAUAUUUAAGUUCACCCUUAAUGUUUUAAAGUUUUAAAAAUAGGAAUUUAAAAAUUCCUAGAACUAUUCUAGGAUAUUCUUCUA